AUGGGCACGCAUACGAAUCGUGCGUAUUUAAAUUCCUGUGUUAAAGUGCCUAUAGAUCCGUGCAAUAAUUGUCCAGCGCCCGUCUACAAUCGUCCGAAGCUGUGCAUGGGAAAGCAGGAGAAACCAACUGGGGCGUGCUCCAAGUCCGUGGAUGCAACAGCAACGGCGACGGCAACAUGGACUGGCCAAACGGGCAUCAGGUGCUUGGCCAAGUUCUAUGACAGCAUACCAGACUACUGCGAGGUGAAGCAUCUGCACAAAGCAGAGUUCUACUCAACGCUGGAAAGCCUGCGCACCACCAGCAGAAAGCUUCGGGCUCAACCUGCUCCUCCAGAGCCGGUUAAGGAGCGUUGUGGCAGUGCAACUCCAAGCAGUGGAUCCCUAAAAACAAAGCAGCGAAAUGUUAAGAGCAAAAAGGCGAAAAAGAAACCACAGGCAUUGUUUUUGACUUCCAGCAUACCACCUCUGGCCUUACCAGACCAGGUAUUCCCCGCUCCCGACACCCACAGCUCCACUUGCUUAAGUGAAGAGUAUGACAAGUGUCUGCGAGAUUUAAGCCGGCUAAAGAGUUUUAAGCACGAUUUUGCCAUUGAGGUAGCCGACUUUAAACGAUCCCUUAAGAGCUUCGAGCUGGAAUUCAAGCGCAAUGCGGAGCGUCCCAAAUCCACCAGCAGGAAUGGCACACAGACUAUACCCAAGGUGACAACGACAACUCCAACUCCAGCUCCAACUCCAAAGGCUAAGAUUCCUGCUAUGCACACAGCUGAGCGUGCUAAAUGCAGACGUGAGAUCCUGCGUCGAUCCUUAAGUGUCAAUGAUUUAAGUGGCAAUGCAGCCAAGUCCACACUGAUGCCGAUGAGUAACUACUUUUCGGUCAAGGAUGUAGCAGUCGGCUGCAAUGAGUUGCCCAAAUUACAUAUUGAAUCCCCAUCGGUGUCUUCCAAGCGCAGUGGCAGCAGUGUCGCCUCCGGCUCCAGUCGCGUCCGUAGACGUCGCGGACGAAAGGUGAAAGUAUCAUCCGCGGAUACGGAGAAACAGCCCGUCCCGCUGCUGAGCAUCUUUGAGCUAGAGCAGCUGCCAAAGCGGACACCAAGCGUAUCUCCACAGCAUCCAGUGGCACGACCCAAUCUGGCAGCUACUCUUCGUGCUGAGGUUUCACGCAAAAAGGUUAAGGAGCUGCAGAACAACUGCACCUACCAUGAUCCCAGGCCUCAGUUUGACUGGGAGGUGCGCAAGACGCCCGCCUGGAAAUCCUUAUCGCUCAAUGAAUCCCAUAAGGCGCUGCUGUCUAUACGCCUGGCCACUCGCAAGGCGGAACAGGCGUUUCAGGAGCGUCAGUAUGAACUGCACAUGCAGAUGAUGCAGCAGCGUGUCAAAUCCGCACCACUGCUCCUCGAAGGACCCACCUACUGGGGCCCAGAGGUGGGCAAGCUGAGUCACACCUGUCGCAGCGAGGGCAUGCGUCACACCUGCGAGAGCCAACAGCGACGGAGCAAACAGCACAAGAAGAAGUGCAGCAACAGUCGCUGCCCGACUGCAGCCACAGAUGCGGAGGUGAAGCUUCAACAGAUCCGCAAGAUUUACGGCUCUCAGCUCAAGCCUGGCUCUCGGCAAUCUCAGCGCUCCAGCUCGCGACGUCGUAUUCCGCAAGAGACACCUGAUCCCCACGACAGUGCAGAUGAUCUCUGUAGUGUGGAUCGUGCAUUCCUAUAAAGAUUAACUAGCCACAAAUAAUACAAGUAAAAAUUCUUUUGUCUACCCAA